AUGUAUGACUUAAUGCAAAUGCAGCAGCCCACCGACGGAGGGAUAAGUCGUCCGCGACGACUGGCUCUAGACCUGGUUCAGGCCUCGCUGAAGGUGAGGGCAGAGGUGCCCGCGAGGGGCGGCUCUGAAAUGGCCGCUGGCUGGAGCUGUCUAAGAUGGCGGUCUCGUGCUCGGCUGGGGACUGGGCGCUCGCUGCGCUGCAGCUCACAGGUGACAUCCCGGGGCGAGAGGAAUCCGGAGGCCAGGGUGGGCUACGGCGUGAAGCGAGCCUCCGGGGGCGUGGCGGUCCGCGGGCAGCGCACACCGAUGGAGGGCCAACAAAUAGAACGCGGCUUUCGGGCGGGCACACGUCCCUCUGCUCAGUCCGCAGGCCCGCCCGAGGCCAGGCCACGAGGCCACGCGGAGCUCUCGGGGCACAAGGCCCGAGCGGGUCAAGGAGAGGAAAGGAAGCUGCUCUUGGAGGCAAGCGUGAGAUUCGGCCUCCAGAACAAAGCGCCGGCCCGGGGAGACGCGACGGCCCAGAGCCGCACACUCCCGGGGCUCCCAGCGCUACGCAAAAGCCCCGCAGCGCGCCGGCCCGCCGCCCUUACGCCACUGGCUUGGCCCCAGAGCCUUCGCGAAUAUGGCUUUGCGCACUGCGGCGGGGCUGCGCCGCAACCUAGCUUGCUCGGUGGCUCCUCCCCGCCGCCGUGCGCGGAUUGGUGGCGGACGGAAGCCCGGCUGCUGAUUGGACAGCAGAGAAGCCACUCGGGGAGGCUCCGGUGGGGCGGCCGCCCCGGAGUGAUAAGUUGGGCUUCAGACACGCCUCGGCGCCAGCAGCGAGCCGGAGCUCUAUGGAGGCGGCGGCGGUGGGGCGGAGGUUCCCGCUGCCAUGUUGUGGCCCCUCUCUUCCGGCGGCUUUCCACACGCGCCCUGUGGGAAGGGGUGAAAGGACGGGCGGAGGACAGAGCCGUCCCGGCGGCGAGUAGGGAGACCUUGGCCGGCCUGGCCCUGCUCGGGCCGCGCACGGCAGUGCGGCAACCACGGGCCACCGCCGGCUUUUCGUUUGUACCAUCCCCUCCCCUCCCCACCCCAUCCAUUAAUAUUAUUCUUUUGAAGAUUCUUCGUUGUCAAGCCGCCAAAGUGGAGAGUGCGAUCGCAGAAGGGGGUGCUUCUCGUUUCAGUGCUUCUUCGGGCGGAGGAGGAAGUAGGGGUGCACCUCAGCACUAUCCCAAGACUGCUGGCAACAGCGAGUUCCUGGGGAAAACCCCAGGGCAAAACGCUCAGAAAUGGAUUCCUGCACGAAGCACUAGACGAGAUGACAACUCCGCAGCAAACAACUCCGCAAAUGAAAAAGAACGACAUGAUGCAAUCUUCAGGAAAGUAAGAGGCAUACUAAAUAAGCUUACUCCUGAAAAGUUUGACAAGCUAUGCCUUGAGCUCCUCAAUGUGGGUGUAGAGUCUAAACUCAUCCUUAAAGGGGUCAUACUGCUGAUUGUGGACAAAGCCCUAGAAGAGCCAAAGUAUAGCUCACUGUAUGCUCAGCUAUGUCUGCGAUUGGCAGAAGAUGCACCAAACUUUGAUGGCCCAGCAGCAGAGGGUCAACCAGGACAGAAGCAAAGCACAACAUUCAGACGCCUCUUGAUUUCCAAAUUGCAAGAUGAAUUUGAAAACCGAACCAGAAAUGUUGAUGUCUAUGAUAAGCGUGAAAAUCCCCUCCUCCCUGAGGAGGAGGAACAAAGAGCUAUUGCUAAGAUCAAGAUGUUGGGGAACAUCAAAUUCAUUGGAGAACUUGGCAAGCUUGAUCUUAUUCACGAAUCUAUCCUUCAUAAGUGCAUCAAAACACUUUUGGAAAAGAAAAAGAGAGUCCAACUUAAAGAUAUGGGAGAGGAUUUGGAGUGCCUCUGUCAGAUAAUGAGGACAGUGGGACCUCGAUUAGACCAUGAACGAGCCAAGUCCUUAAUGGAUCAGUACUUUGCCAGAAUGUGUUCCUUAAUGUUAAGUAAGGAAUUGCCAGCAAGGAUUCGUUUCCUACUGCAGGAUACCGUAGAGUUGCGAGAACACCAUUGGGUUCCUCGCAAGGCUUUUCUUGACAAUGGACCAAAGACGAUCAAUCAAAUCCGUCAAGAUGCAGUAAAAGAUCUAGGAGUGUUUAUUCCUGCUCCUAUGGCUCAAGGGAGGAAUGACUUCUUCCUGGAGGGACCGUUCAUGCCGCCAAGGAUGAAAAUGGAUAGGGACCCACUUGGGGGACUCGCUGAUAUGUUUGGACAAAUGCCGGGUAGUGGAAUUGGUACUGGUCCAGGAGUUAUCCAGGAUAGAUUUUCACCCACGAUGGGACGACAUCGUUCAAAUCAGCUCUUCAAUGGCCAUGGGGGACACAUCAUGCCUCCCACGCAGUCGCAGUUUGGAGAGAUGGGGGGCAAAUUUAUGAAAAGCCAGAUUAGUUUGAGGCCUGCUCAGUCGUUCCUAAUGAAUAAAAAUCAGGUGCCAAAGCUUCAGCCCCAGAUAACUAUGAUCCCUCCCAGUGCACAGCCACCACGCACUCAAACACCACCUCUGGGACAGACACCACAACUUGGUCUCAAAACUAAUCCACCACUUAUCCAGGAAAAGCCUGCCAAGACUAGCAAAAAGCCACCACCAUCAAAGGAAGAACUACUUAAACAGACUGAAGCCGUUGUGACUGAAUAUCUGAAUAGUGGAAAUGCAAAUGAAGCCGUCAAUGGCAUGAGAGAAAUGAGAGCCCCGAAACACUUUCUUCCUGAGAUGUUAAGCAAAGUGAUCAUCCUGUCACUAGAUAGAAGUGAUGAAGAUAAAGAAAAAGCGAGCUCUUUGAUCAGUUUACUCAAACAGGAAGGAAUAGCCACAAGUGACAACUUCAUGCAGGCUUUCCUGAACGUGCUGGAGCAGUGCCCCAAACUGGAGGUUGACAUCCCCUUGGUGAAGUCUUAUUUGGCACAGUUUGCAGCUCGUGCUAUAAUUUCAGAGUUGGUGAGCAUUUCAGAACUAGCUCAACCACUGGAGAGUGGCACCCACUUCCCUCUCUUCUUACUUUGUCUUCAACAAUUAGCUAAAUUACAAGAUCGAGAAUGGCUAACUGAACUUUUUCAACAAAGCAAGGUCAAUAUGCAGAAAAUGCUGCCAGAAAUUGAUCAGAAUAAAGAUCGAAUGUUGGAGAUUCUGGAAGGAAAGGGAUUGAGUUUCUUAUUCCCACUCCUUAAAUUGGAGAAGGAACUGUUGAAGCAAAUUAAGCUGGAUCCAUCCCCUCAAACUAUAUAUAAAUGGAUUAAAGAUAACAUCUCUCCCAAACUUCAUGUAGAUAAAGGAUUUGUGAACAUCUUAAUGACCAGCUUCUUACAGUACAUUUCUAGUGAAGUAAGCCCACCUAGUGAUGAAACAGAUUCUUCCUCUGCUCCUUCCAAAGAACAGUUAGAGCAGGAGAAACAACUGCUGCUCUCUUUCAAGCCAGUGAUGCAGAAAUUCCUUCAUGAUCAUGUGGAUCUCCAGGUCAGUGCCCUGUAUGCUCUGCAGGUGCACUGUUACAACAGCAGCUUCCCGAAAGGCAUGUUACUUCGAUUUUUUGUUCAUUUCUAUGACAUGGAAAUUAUUGAGGAGGAAGCUUUCUUGGCUUGGAAGGAAGACAUAACUCAAGAGUUUCCAGGAAAAGGCAAGGCUUUGUUCCAGGUAAAUCAGUGGCUAACCUGGCUAGAAACUGCUGAAGAAGAAGAAUCAGAGGAAGAAGCUGACUAAAGAACCAGCCAAAGCCUUAAAUUGUGCAAAGCAUACUAUGAUGUAACUGCAUUUGACCUAACCACUGCGAAAAUUCAUUCCGCUGUAACGUUUUUCACAAUAUUUAAAGCAGAAGCACGUCAGUAAGGUUUCCUUCUGCAUAAGGUUUUUGUAGUGUGAUGUCUUAAUCAUAGUCUACCAUCAAAUACUUUAGGAGUAUCCUUAAUGUUUAGAUAGAAUAUUAGCAGCAUGCAAUAAUUACAUCCUAAGUUCUCAAGCAGAGGCAGUCUAUUGCAAAGACCUUCUUUGCUGCCAGUUACCAUAGGCUGUUUUUAAGUUAGAAAACUGAAUAGCAACACUGAAUACUGUAGAGAUGCACUUUGCUCAGUAAUACUUGAGUUGUUGCAAUAUUUGAUUAUCCAUUUGGUUGUUACAGAAAAAUUAACUGUAAUUGAUGGUUGUUGCCGUAAUAGUAUAUUGCCUGUAUUUCUACCUCUAGUAAUGGGCUUUAUGUGCUAGAUUUUAAUAUCCUUGAGCCUGGGCAAGUGCACAAGUCUUUUUAAAAGAAACAUGGUUUACUUGCACAAAACUGAUCAGUUUUGAGAGAUCUUUAAUGCCCUUGAAGUGGUUUUUGUGGGUGUGAAACAAAUGGUGAGAAUUUGAAUUGGUCCCUCUUAUUAUAGUAUUGAAAUUAAGUCUACUUAAUUUAUCAAGUCAUGUUCAUGCCCUGAUUUUAUAUACUUGUAUCUAUCAAUAAACAUUGUGAUACUUGAUGUAGUUGUACAUGACUUCAAAUAGUACCUCCAAAGUUAUGGAAAAUUGUUCAUUUUGUUUUGAGGUAUGGACUUACCUCAGUUUAAGAACUUGGGAAUUUUAACUUCAUAGUCUUAACACCAGUGCUAUUUAGUAGUGAUUCACCCUGUAAGCAUUAUUAAGUUAUACUUUUAGAGUGUUCAGUUUUUCACCCUGUUUCUGUCAGUCUUGUAAUGCAAGCUGUCAACUUGAUCUGGAGCUGCCUUUACUGUUAGAGACUUUUUGUGUCAACCCUGACUCUGCUUUCUAAGCACCUUAGGAAUAAGCUUCCUCAUCACUCCAUCCUCUUUGAGGUACCUGCUUAGUCCUUAAUCUCCAUUUACUCUUCACAACAAAACAACCAGAGCAAGAAACUGAAAAACAAAACUGCCAUGUGGUUUAGAACUCUGCAAAUGCUAGGCUUUAAAUUUAUGAUUUAAAAAUUUAAAUCAUAAAAUUGGCUCCUAUUGCUUUCCAUUUUUGUCUGGCCCUUGUAAUAUGUAGUUCCUUUACCUGAAACAGUGCUUUCCUUACCUCUUAACCUUCAGGUAUUGGUUUAAAUUUCACUCGAUUUGCCUUCUUCCUCUGCCAGGACAAGAGAGGAGUUUCUAUCAGUCAAGGGUUCCUUUUGAGGUGUGACUGAAAGGUCCACGGGGAACCCAGAGAACAGUGGACCACAGAAAUAGCUUGACUGGGUCAAGUCCCACUGUGUUCCCUGCAUCCCCUGCCAAUAUCUUCUCAGGUGUCACCAGCUCCAGAAGCCUGCAGUGGAAUGAGUAGGGACAGAUAGGCCCUUUGCUCCCUCCCAAAAGAACCCUGGUCUGCUUUGGUGGCUUUGUCAUCAACUCUCUCAGUGGAGUAUAAGAAACUGAGAAAAGUUGUUGAAGUUGAGAGCCAAGGAUAAUUGUGGGAUUGAGGUUCAUCCCACAGCUCAGCCUAGCCUGUGGUCUACUACCCAUCUACCCCUUGUGAAAGCUGAGCUCCAAGGGGACAGGACAGUGUAGGUCUCAUCACUGCUGAGUGGGAUUUUUAUGAGCUUCAAUAUUAGUGAAUUUUGGGAAUUAAGGAUUUAAGGGAAAUUCAAAAUUAGGUUUAGGAUCCAAAAUGUCCUGGAUAAAAGAUUGUCUUUGAAUCUGAAGAUUGAUUGACUGCAUGGUAACUGAAUUAGGGCUAACACACUAACUGAAAUGAUCUGUGUAUUGCCCCACCCACUAGAAAAACUAGUAAUGAAUAAAUGUUUGGAUAGUGA